GAAAGGGGCGGGGCCCGCGGCGCAGGAAGGCGCCGGUGGCGGGGGGGGGGAAGAUGGCGGACAGCGCGAAGGGGCGGCCGGCGGCAGCGCCCAGUGGGAAGGCGCUGACGGCGGAGCAGGUGGUGGCCCGGUUCAACCGGCUGCGGCAGGAGCAGCGGGGCCUGGCCUCGAAGGCGGCCGAGCUGGAGCUGGAGCUGAACGAGCACAGCCUGGUCAUCGAGACGCUGCGGGAUGUGGAUCCCACGCGGAAGUGCUACCGCAUGGUGGGCGGCAUCUUGGUGGAGCGCACCGUCAAGGAGGUGCUGCCCGCCCUGGAGAGCAACAAGGAGCAGAUCAGCAAAAUCAUUGAGACGCUGAACCAGCAGCUGCAGGCGAAGGGUCGGGAGCUGAAUGAGUUUCGGGAGAAGCACAACAUUCGGCUGGUGGGCGAGGACGACCCCAAGCAGCCCCCCAAGGAGGGGGCCGAGGGGGCUGGGGCCAAGGGCGGCUCAGCUGGCGUCCUGGUCUCCUAGCUCCCCCGCCCUCCCCCCUCGCCUUGUUAUUUAGCUUUGCUCCUCUUGUGCUUUUGUUAAAUAAAUGUGGUUUCUUUUUCCUUUG